AUGCUGGUCGCGCCUCCCUGCUCAGCCUCCUCCGCCCCGCUGCUGCUAGCCCGCGCCGCGCCGCGGCUCGCUCCGCCGCGGCUCGCGCUGCUCGCGCUGCCCACGGCCACCUCCGGCUCUGUGUGGGCCGUCGCCGCCGUUUCGGGCGGCGCCGCUGUCGCGGCGCAGCUCGGCCUCGUCGCGCUGCUCCGCCGUGCCAAGGGACGGCCGUGGCUGUCCGAGUCGCCCGGAUUCGUCGCACACCAGGCCAUCGCUCUCGUUUUCAUGGCGAUCGCCACCGCGGUCGGCGCGGCCGCGUGGCUCAGUCCGGCCGGCUGGGCGCUCGAGCCUGCCGCGCGCUUCCUGGCUCCGGACGGAACGACGCGCUUCCUCGCUGCGAUGCUCUUUGGCGAGCUCGUGCUCUGGGACUUGCCGUGCGCCAUCUGGAUCAAGCAGCUCCGCCGGCCCGACUCGCUGCUGCACCACUUCGCGAUGGCGGCCGUCGCGUUCAACGCGAUGGCGCUCGCGCCAAUCUACUACGGCGUCUUCUACCUCGGCCUCAUCGAGGCGUCGACGCUGCCGCUCAACGCCCACGAGUACUUUGCGCACGCCGCGAGGACGCUCGAGUCGUUGCAGCCGGGAGCCCUCCCCGGCGCAGAGCGGCUGCUGCGCCGGUUCCGCGCGCUGCGGGACGGGUUCCAGGCGGCAGCCGCCGCCUCGUUCGUCGCCGUGCGCGGCGUCCUCUUCACCGCCGUCUCGCUGCGCCGCUUCUACCCCGAGGUCGCGCCGCUCCUCGCCUCGCCCGCCGCCGCCCGCCUGCGCGGCCCGCUGUGGGCCCACGCGGUGAGCGUGGGCGCCUUCAACGCGCUGCAGCUCUACUGGCUCGGGCUACUAGUCGCGUACACGGUGCGCAACGGGGUGGGCGGCGAGCGGCCGGACUGA